AUUCGCCAGAAUAAUUUAAUAAAUAGCUCAAAAAAAAAAUCGAUCAAUUUUCUCAAUUUGCCACCAACCUAACAAACAAAAAAACACCGAUUUGUGAAAAGGGUUAAAGGGUGUCAUUUCGACUUUUGCAUUUUCCGCUCAAAUUCCCUCAAGAUGUUGUCUUCGCAUCUUUUGAACAAUAUCCACAGGUCGGUCCGUGCCACAGUCCACUCACGCAACAUCGGAAUCCUCGCCCCCUGCUUGCAGAAGGCCUCCGACCCGAUCCAACAACUCUUCAUUGAGAAAAUCAAAGAAUACAAACAGAAAAGUGGAGGUGGCACCAAACUCGUGGAACCCUCGCCUGAGAUUGAGCGCGAGCUCAAGUCCGAGCUAGAGAAGGUGGCCAAGGUCUAUGGGGGCGGUCCUGGCGUUGACAUGACCAAGUUCCCAACGUUCAAAUUCACGGAUCCUGUGAUCGAUCCAAUCAACUUGGAGAAAUAAAUUUAUGUAAUUAGUCGUUUAAAUGAACAAUUAAAUUAAAAACUCGCUUUAUUAAACCAA